AUCAUAUGGAAGAACAAAAACAGAAAGAAGAACUAUAAAAGGCUUGUAAAGAUUGCCAAAUGAAAAUGGAUUAAAGGCAGAGCUUCUUUGUUUAGAAAGUAGAUGAAUAAUAAGUAACAUGAUAAAGGAAUACAAUGAAUUAGUGUGCUGACAAAGCUAAGCAGGCGUAAAUGGUUCAUGUUGCUGAGCAAUGAAUGCUACAUGACAAAAAACACAUUUAGCUUUUAGUUGGUAGGCUUAGGGGCUCUUUUCAACGGGCCUGUGCAGGAGAGAGUUCAGUGCUUGCAAACUCAACUUUUAUUUUGCCAAGGAACUUGAAAGAACCGUUCUCUAACCAAAGUAUGGGAAUCACUCCCAUCUCCUAGCGUGGUUUAGUUAGAGGUGUCAGAAAAGUUCCCUCUUCACGGUUACUUCUUCAGCUGCUUUACACUGUCAUCUCCAUUUUAUAGGAAUCAGAGGCAAAGGUUUUCAGGGACAGAUUUUUAAAAAAGCACAGCUUCAAGAUGGGCUCAUAAAUCAAGUGAUACUCCACCCAUCAGCUCUCACUUCGGAAACGAUGGAAGGUCCUAAAGGGGAGCUGAAGAAAAACGUUCUCUAAGGCACACUGGUCAAUGUCAGUGCCUGCGGUCCCUGCCACCCACCCCCUGUCUUCUGAAUCUCAAGAGACCUCUGAGAGCAAAGAAGGACAACAUAAAGAAGGCAGCUGCUUUAUAUGAUUAGCUGAGCAUGAACCAGUAAGGAGCACCUCUCGCUUAUUCAGCGUGAAGAAAGCCAGUGGCUUUGUGUCUUUCCCUGGAAUUAUUUUAGGGGUGAUGAUGCACUCCUCUUAUAUGUUACAUCAAUUAUACCAGUCCUCUGCUAUAAAUCAGGAGACCUUCUGCACAAAGAGGUGGAAGAACAAGAUGCCGAUCUGACCAGCUGUGUAUUAUGGUCCUGCGCUGCUUUGCCACAGACUUGAGUUUAAUCCUCCUUCUGGGUUUCUGUUUUCCCACUUUGGGCAUACUCCCCAUGCUUGGGGGGGAACUCGAGGCCUGGAUGCCUAUCUGCAUUGUGCACAGUUAUUACACAAGAGAGUACUUUUGUAGAGAUACUUGAGUUAGCUCAGGAAUAGGAAGCUCCAUAGACGCUUGGGCAGAGCUAUGUCCUAGCUCAACAGUUUUUUUUAGACCUAGUCAAGCUUUAUUUAGAGCUAGCUCAGCUAUCUUUACAUGGUGUUUUAUUGUGCUCUAGCACAAUACCUUCAGAAAUACUUUCUCUCUACCAUUCACUAGUGGUUCAGCUAGCUUGCCUAUUCACUGACCAGCUGCUUGAGGACUUCUGUCCUUCAUGGAAAUCUGGGAGAGCCUGGCAUUUUUCCGGACCAGCUCUGUUCGGAGGCAUGUAGCGCUACUAUCAUUCCUUCUGCUCCAUACAAGCUGCGUAUUACUUAGUAAUGUUGAAUUAUGGCCUAGCAUUAUUAGUUACCUCCUUGUUUUGUCCUUAUCGUGCUGUCCUUUCCUUUAAGGGACAUAAAAGGUUUGUGUUAUGAGUUGCGUGCCCAAACCCUGCCAACAUCUUCCUGUUUGAGAUUUAUCUAUCGGUGUUCAAACUCCAUCUGUAAAACUGGGAAAAGAGGCUAGUACUCGGCUUUGGCUUUGUGUGUGACUCAAAAGAUGUAUAGAUUCCAGGAAGAGGUUAUAACUGGCUUUACUUCACUGUGACAUUGAACAUAAAAGCCUGAGGGUAGAGAGUGGGAAACUUAGUGACCCUGUUUACAGCAGAAGGAUUGCUUACCCUUUGGCAAUGUAACAGGUUGUAACAUAAACUUCUCCCUUGAAGGCAAGGCUUAGCCAGGAGAUUAGGGCUAUGCAUUGGAAUCAGAAUCCAAUUCCAGGGUGAGUUAGGUCUUGUAGAUACCUAUAGCUUGGGUUUCUUUCACAGAUAUAAUUUCAGUAUAUUAGAACGCAGGUUCUCCUGCUGUUAACAAACUGUACAAUUGAUGCUGGCAUAAAAAUAAAGAGCACGAACGUAGGCUCUAGCCCACUAGAUGGGACAUGUGGUUAAUUUAAAUCAGAUAACUUGUCUCUGCUAACAGGUGUUGAAAGACACUGGAGUUGGAAGCACAGAUUUCACUGUAUUAAGCAAAUAACCUGCUCAGAAGGAAAGCUUGUUCCGGGCCCCUAGAAGUUAGAGUGGGUUGUAUGCAUCUGGGAUAAUAUACAGUAACUGGUCUCUGGCACUUAGAUACUGUGGUAACUGCAAUUUUAGAGAAAUCUAAGAAGUUUUGAUAGAAUCAUAGACAUGUAGAGACAUUUCCUAUCUCUGAAGAGCUUUCACUCUAAAUACAUCUUGUGCAAGAGAACAAGUCUAAAGCAAAAUGGAAGAGCAUCUGGGAACGGCAUCUCUGAAGCUAAGUUUGUCACACAACACCUGACAAGAUCCAGUGCCAAGUGUCCUGCUGGGAUGUUCAGAAUAGCAUUUAAAUGCUUAAAAUUGGGUCCUGAUGUGAAUUUUUGAAAGUCUAAAGGAAGGAUCGAGGAAACGUGUUGAAGAUGCCUCUGUACGGAAUUUGGUUUGUUGGUGGUCUGAGGGUCUAAGGCAGUGGGUGGGAAAGAAGGUUGUGCUAAUUUUAACUCUAGUGAGACUUCUUAAAAAGAAGUAUUUCCCUAGUUUUCAAGCCUCUGCUAAGUUGCUUGAUGGUGAAAUGCUCUAUUUGCUUUGAUCUUGUGGUUCUAGGAAGACUGUUCAGAAAGGGAAGCUCAUGGAUCUCACAACCACAGUCAUCAUCCCACUGCUUUUUGGCAGCUUGGGGAUCUUCGCCCUCUUCCGUCUGCUGCAGUGGAUGCGGAUGCGAGCUUACUUCCAGGAAGCAGUGGUGGUGGUCACUGGGGCUACUUCUGGCCUAGGAAAAGAAUGUGCAAAAGCUUUCCAUGCGGCUGGCUCCAAGCUGGUGCUCUGUGGCAGAGACGGCGAAAAACUCAAAGACCUGGUACAGGAGCUUUCUACCAUGACCAAUCACCGAAAGAACACACAUAAACCUUACACUGUGGUCUUCGACCUGUCAGACACUAAAACGGUCCUAAAUGCUGCUGAAGAGAUCCUGAAGCAUUUGGGUCACGUGGACAUACUGAUCAACAACGCAGGAAUCAGUUACCGAGGCACAAUUGUGGACACAGGACUGGAUGUGGACAAGAAAGUGAUGGAAACAAAUUACUUUGGUCCAGUAGCCCUCACCAAAGCACUCCUCCCCUCCAUGAUCAAGAGGAGGCAGGGCCACAUUGUGGCCAUCAGCAGUAUUCAAGGCAAGAUAAGCAUUCCUUUCAGAUCAGCAUAUGCUGCCUCUAAGCAUGCUACCCAGGCCUUCUUUGAUUGCCUACGAGCAGAGGUAGAGCAGUAUGACAUUGAUGUGACUGUUAUAAGCCCUGGAUACAUUCAGACAAACCUUUCUCUCAAUGCUGUAAGAGCAGAUGGAUCUCGCUAUGGAGUUAUGGACAAGAACACCGCCGAAGGGCAGACAGCUGCAGAGGUUGCUCAGGUGGUUCUCAGUGCAGUGGGGCAGAAGAAGAAGGAAGUACUUGUAGCUGGCCUAACGCCCUCCUUGGCUGUCUACCUGCGAAACCUCUUCCCCAGACUCUUCUUCACCUUAAUGGCAUCUAGAGCAAAAAAGGAGAGAAAAGCAAAGGACUCUUAGAGCUCAACUCCUUCGAGCAGUAACUGUAGGGAGAGGCUAACCCCUGCAGCUUGGCUGGGACAUCAGAGGAAGUGCUGCUACAGCAAACGUUUCUUGAAAUGCUGCAACUUACCAUUGCAUGGAGAGUGGGAAGCUGCCUUCGCCACAUCAGGGUAGGCCCACGUGUCUGAAGGCAGCGCCUCGUUCCCACCUAAAGAAGAACGCUUGGAACAAAGGGAGAGAGCUGAGGCUGCAGGUGAGGGUAACUUAAGGGUACACCCUUCACAGCAGGGGAGGCCCACGUGGAAGGCAGCACCUUAUUUUACCUCACCCCAGGCACACUUAGCUUUACUGGCCUUCUACAAAUAAAACCCACCUGGUUUGCUUACAUGCCAGCUGCUUAGCUUUCCCCAUCCCAUGGCCCCUGUGAAAUACAGUCCCCAGCUGGGUGCUCUCAUGAUUACUGUCUUCUUCCCACUCCCUCCAAUCUGAUCCAGAACACAUUGCUUGGAGUGGAAAGCUUCACAGAGCUUGUGCUUGUUAGCAUGCCAAAUCAUCUGAUAUGUUAAGCUGAAGUUAAGUCCAGUGCCAUUUCAAAAAAAGUAACUGAUGUAAAUUUAUUUGGAAAUGGCUUUAUCUGUCUGAACCAUGCCCUACUGAAGGACAGGGCCACUUGACUCUGUACUACUUGACAGUGCAGUACUAAUCCCCAGCACAAAUUAACGCAGGGGAAGCACUGAAAAGAUUCAAAACAAAACAAAACAAAACCCCCUGCAGCAUAGCAAGGUAUGCUGUUGAGUGUAAAUACUGUGCAGGUGAUGGCACACCUGGUCCACCUGCGGGCCUAGAGCACAGAGUAGGUGUGGUUCUUUAGAUGCCAGGUGCUCUCAUCUCCUGGCAAGCAGAGGCGAAUCUGUGCACAAUAGGUGGAUGCUAUAUAAGACAGACCCUUAGUUCUCACCUGGUUUAAAGCAAGCACAGAUGUUAAUUAGGAUCUGCUACUACCACAGCCAGUAAGGAGAAGGAUACCUGCUUGUUGAGGUAUCACAAGCUUCAGUACUAAGGGUUGGGGGAGUGCCAUAUUCCAUCUUUCAUCCCUUCUCGUGUUCUUGUGCUAAGUAAGGUUCCUCCUUCCCAAAUAAGAGAGAGAAGACUUGCAUCCUGCCCAGUCUGAUCCCCAGGCAGCUCAUGGUGUGAGGGCAACUAGCAACACUGAGAAGAAGGAAUGGCUCCACAUUACUGCAGUUAGUUCAGAAAGGACAGAAGUAAUUUUUGUUUUUUUUUUUUAAUUUAAAUAAAACCUACUACUAGGAACUAAGGUCCAGAUCCCUGCUGCCAUCUCCAUGCACUUACCAGCAUUCCCCAUGUGUACUGCCCUGUGUCCUGCCUAUGCGUGCAUAUCUGAUGACAAAUAAAUUAUAUUGCCAUGAAACGCA